AUGGGGACAUGGAGGAAAAUGAGCUGUGGAGAGCUCCGAAGCCACAGAAAUCAACUUCAUGUUGCCUUCGUCCGCAAUUGGAAUGCUUCUUCUUCUCCUUCUUCCCCGUACUCCACACAAUAUACGCUCGCCGGUCAAACCGGACGCUCAUAUGCGCCGCAACGUCAACGGAAGACCGCUCAUGCACGCAUCGGUGUUAUUUCGACGGCUGGUCUUGUGGGAGCCGUUCUUCUGUUUUGGCACCAGAGGCCCUCGAUCUUGUCCACCACCAGUAGCCCACACUCCAGACUUAAUACACGGUUGAUCGAUUACCUUGACUGUCUUUUUGAUGGUGUUUUGACUUUUACACCCCACUGCAGGCGAGCAUCUGCUCCCCACUCGUCUAUCAAAGAUUCGGUCAUGUACACACUUGCAACAGUUUCAACACGCGUAUCUGGUGCUUGGCAUGCGGCUCCUGGAAAAGAUCGACAGCAAAGUCUGCCGAGUGCCAUGCACUCCGUCGCCCUGCAUUCAACAUCGCAGGAAGAACUUCUGUCCUUAGAUCCACCAUCACAAUAA